UACUUAGUCCAAGGCAUAUGCCUAAGGGCAGCAGUAGGAGGUGAAGGUGAAUACCCUGAGGACCAAAGGUGGCCCCAUCACUUACUCUGCCGCCCACCCUGGUGCCUGCUCUCCCUGACCAGUGUCCUCAUGCCUCGCGGUCAGAAGAGUAAGCUCCGGGCCCGGAAGAAACGUCACCAGGCCCGAGGGGAGACUCAGAGUCUCAGUGAGGCCCAGGCCCAGGCCCAGACCCAGGCCCAGGCCCAGGCUGCCUCAGCAGAGGGGGAGAAGUCUUCUCCCCCCUCCUCACCUGCUGCUGAAUCUGAGGCUGCUCCCCCCGGCUCCCCUGCUGCUGAUCCUCCCCAGGAGCCCAAGCAGGCCCAGGGUCCUCGCUGUCCCGAUGCAGGGGCCUCGUGCCCGGGGGCCCACAAAGGUGCCCAGGGCCAAGAGGCGGCGAGCGGCAGCACCUCCCAGGCUGCAGCCUCCAUGGAGACCUACCGCAAGGAUCCUCUCACCAGGAAGGCCAGCAUGCUGGUUCAGUUCCUGCUGCAGAAGUACAAAAGCAAGGAGCCCAUCACUCAGGCAGCCUUGCUGAAGGUGGUCAAGAAGAAGUACAAGAAGCACUUCCCCGAGAUCCUCAGGAGAGCUGCGGAUCGCAUGGACCUGGUGUGUGGCCUGGAAUUGAAGAAAGUUAACACCAGCUACCACUCCUACACGCUGGCCAGCAAGAUGGCGAUCGCCAGAGAAGAAGAUUUGGUGGGGAGUGCAGGCUUGCCCAAGACGGGCUUCCUGUUGGCGCUCCUGGGCGUCAUCUUCAUGAAGGGCAACCGCGCCUCCGAGGAGCAGGUCUGGGAUUUCCUCCAUGUCCUGGGGGUGCAUGCUGGCAAGAGGCACCUCAUCUUUGGGGAUCCCCGCAAGUUCAUCACCCAAGAUCUGGUGCGGGAUAAAUACCUGGAGUACCGCCAGGUGCCAGGCAGUGAUCCCCCCACCUACGAGUUCCUGUGGGGUCCCAGGGCCCAUGUGGAAACCACUAAAAUGCAGGUGCUGAAGGUUCUAGCCAAGCUCAGCAAUACCACCCCCAGUGCCUUCCCCGACCUGUACAAGGAAGCUCUGUUUGAUGAGGCAGACAGGGCAUGCAUGCGAUUCGCGGCCAGGGCUGGCACCACAGCCAAGGCUUAUAAGUCCUCCGGGGCCCAGCUCCCCAUCUCCCCCCGCACCUAGGGAGGCCUGGGGCAGCUUCCCUUGGCAGCACAUUUCGUCAGUUUUCCUGUUCUGUCCCUGCUCUGUCUCUGGUGAAUCCUCUCACCCUCCCAUGUCCUGGCCUAUUACCGCUUCCUGCAUAAACAA